GUCUGUACAUCCACAGUUCUUUCAGAUAUAUACAUAUGUAUAUCUUUCUCACGCCACUUUAUCUCCGUAUUUACUUUCGCGCCACCACCAACUCCCCGAUAACUCUUUCGAUAAAUUUCGAAAAGCUACCGCGAACAGUAGCAAAAGGAACAACUUCGUUUCUUUAUUCCGCGGAACAAGAUUGGUAAAAUAAGUACAACUCGAGUUACAACAACGAUCUUAGUUGAGUAUAUUAUUCCAUGAUGUUCGAUCGAGUAUCAUCGUUUAAAAUAUCGGAACGCAAAAAGUCAACGUAAAUUGUAUAUGAGUUGAAUAAGAUAAAAAAGGAAAGAGGGAAAGUUUUUUUUUUCCAAUGAUAUAUAGUCGAAUCGGAAACAGUCAGGGGGUGGAUGAGAAACGUCGAUACGAGGAUCGAUUCGCGAUGGAUUAAGACUCGAUGGGACGAGAAGACAGAGGAAUACUGGUGUUUGUACAAAAACUGUGGAACGAUUAUUAGUUUUGUCAAUUAUCGCUUCAAUGGUGACACGUUUAUAGGGGAGAGGAUUUUUCGCUGAUUGAAGAAUUGGAAGAAGAGGGGAGGGAGAGGGGGGGGAGGGGGAACGCAAUAUUCGGAGAAAUCAUCGGCAUCCAUUUCUCUGCGAUUUCGUUGAAGAAAAAUGCGACGUUUCGAGCAAUAUUACACGAUUUUAUGCUUAUCGUUGGAUUUUCAGAUGAGAAGAAGCCGGCUGAGAGACGCUUCGAGUCGUCGAACCACCGACGUCGACGGCGACUGAUUAUGAAGCGCGUCCACACGCGUCGCGAUUCCUCUCGCCUCCUCCUGCCAUCGUUCUCGUCCCCCGAUACCCUCCCCCUCCCCCUCCUCCUGCUCCUCCUCGGCCUCCUGUCCGUUCGUGGCGCGUCGCCGUGCGACGAGGACCGCGCCAAGCCUCGCGAUCGCGAUAUUUCCGCGUUCCCUCACCUCCUCGACAUCGGGGAGAGGAAAUACUCCCGGGGAGAUUCGCACGGGGGCGGAGAAUGGACGGGUUCGGCCGCGUUCGACAACGAGAUCUCCGCCCGGUCGAGGAGAGGAGGAACGCGGCGAAAGUCGGGCGAGAAGCGGAUCUGUAUCGACGACUUCGGCGUCGAGGACGGGUACGAAUCACGAGCCGUGGUCACGUUCGCGCCCGAUGGUCGCUCGGCCGAUUUCCGCGCGCGACACGAGAAGCGAAAGUUUCGGAGGAGGGGGAACGAUAACGCAGGGGGUGGCAAGGGGGUGGAGGAUGGAGCGAUCGACGGGAGGGGCGCGACUCGGUCGUUGGACGAUCGGGGCAACGCGGCGAGGAAAGGCGGCGCGUCCAGGGCGAAGAGGAAUUUUGGAAGGAGGCAGAAAUCGGAGAGGAAGGGGGUGGCAUCCGUUUCCAAUUGCGAAGCUUACGAGGAGGAAUUGUUGCCGAAUGACUCGUGGAGGUCCGCGAGGAGGGGCAGAUCCGACGGAGGGGUCACGGAUGAUCCCGAUGAAGCGAGAGGGAGGAAGGGGAAUCCGGUCCAUUGGGCGGAAGGGAGCAAUCUGUCGUGGAGCUCGAGCGAGGAGCCUUUCACUGGAUUCGAGGGCUCGCAGAAAUUCCCUAUAAAAGUGACGUACAAGCCGCCUGCAGCGGCCCAGGUCGAGAAGUUCGACAGGAGGCACUUCGGCCCCCCUAAAGCGGAUAUCGGCGAGACCACGCUCGCCUCGUACCCGUCCACCGUUUCGCCCGAUCUUCCCAAGAGUCCCGGCAGGGACGUCCUUCAUCGGCAUCGCAAAGUGGACGAGAACACGGGGGAGGAGCGAAGGCAGGAAGCGGUGGAGGAGAACGAGAGGGGGGCCGACGCCACGGACGAUAGCUGGUUACCCGGCGCGUCCUCGGGUCGGCGAUCCUCCAACAUAGCCGCUGGAAAAUCUUCUCCGGACGAGAAACGCGUCUCCGUUUCCACCUCCUCCCCCGUCGUUUCUCCAUCGGCUGGGAUCGAGGAUCGAGGGGGCCAGGAAGGUAACGGGACGGCGGCGAAAUCGUUCGAAAAGAUAAACGUAACAAUCCUGGGUCUGUUCGAGAUGACUCGAGGUUCCGAGCCCAGACCUGAAGGGUCCAGCGAGCUGCAAGCGGCGAGAUUGGCUGUCGAGCGCGUGAACGAAAUGAACGUUCUGUCCAAAUUUCGGCUGCGUCUUAUUCACAACGACACCAAGUGCGAUCCCGGAGUGGCGGUUGACAGAUUCUUUCACGCUCUCUACUCGGCGAAGAAAAACGAUCUGAUACCGUUGUUGCUGGGCACCGCCUGCUCCGAGGUCACGGAAACCUUAGCCAAAAUCGUGCGCUACUGGAACGUGAUACAAGUCUCCUUUGGAUCCACCGCACCUGCUCUCUCGGAUUCCACCGAAUUUCCGCUUUUCUUGCGCACCGUGGCGCCGGAUUCCAGCCACAAUCCCGCUAGGAUAGCGCUCAUCAAACAUUUUGGAUGGGACACCGUCACCGCCCUCUCUCAAACCGACGACAUGUACUCCCUGGCUGUGAACGAUCUGGUCACGGAGCUGGAACAAGCGAAUAUCACGUGCGCAGCUACCAUCACGUUCGCGGAGAACGAUUACAAGGAACAGUUGCAAACUUUGAAAAAAUUGGACACGAGAAUCAUCAUAGGAAGUUUUUCACCGCAAUUGGCGUCACGUGUUCUGUGCGAGACUUGGAAGCUAGGUAUGCACGGAGGAGACUACGCGUGGAUCCUGCCAAGUGACACGAUCGACCAAGUGACGAAAACGCCGGACAACUCGUCGUACUCGGAGGAAUGUACGCCUUCGCAGCUCAACCAAACUUUGAACGGUUUGAUUAUCGUCAACAGUCACGACUCCGCCUUAGAAAACGAAAUCACUUCGUCGGGUCUGACGAACAACAAUUUCUUGUCGGAAUUGGCGAGCAGAGGGGUGGCGUAUUCCAAGUUUGCAGGCCAGACUUAUGACGCAGUCUGGGCUAUGGCGUUCGCGUUGGAAAAGACCGAGACCAUCUUGAACAGAGAUAACAUCAGUUUAACCCAAUACACGCACACUAGAAAGGACAUCGCGUUACAACUAUUGGAACAGUUGAAACUUUUGCGCUUUAUCGGAGUUUCGGGACCAGUGUCGUUCGACGGUGCCGAUCGAAUAGGUAUCACGGCAUUCUAUCAGAUGUACGGGCGCGUUAAGAGAAAAAUAGCGAUUUUCAGUCCAGAGGAUGGAAAACUGGUGAUGAAUUGCUCGGAAUGCGCAACGAUGAGAUGGCCGGAUGGGCAUCCCCCAGCAGCUCGAAGAGUUUUCCGGUUAAGGGUGGUGACCGUAGCGCCUGCGGCUUUCCUAGCGGUUACUUGCCUCGCAAGCGUCGGCGUCGCAUUAGCGUUCGCCUUCUUGGCGUUCAAUUUGCAUUUCCGUAAGCACAAGAGUAUAAAGCUUUCGAGCCCUAGGCUUAACAACAUGGCUGCCGUUGGUUGCGGUUUGGUCUACGGUGCAGUCAUACUUUUGGGCUUGGAUCACGCCACCCUUCCCGAUAGCAACGAUUACUAUCCUACAGUAUGCACCGCGAGAGUGUAUCUAUUGUCUGCGGGCUUUUCCUUGGCUUUCGGAUCGAUGUUCACCAAAACCUAUCGCGUUCACCGAAUUUUCACGAGAAGUAGAAGCGGUGUUGUCAAAAACAAGCUACUUCAGGAUACCCAGCUGAUAAGCUUGAUCUGCGUCCUUCUACUGAUAGACGGCCUCGUGGUGACCCUGUGGGUGACUUUCGACCCGAUGCAACGUCAUCUUCGAAACUUAACUCUGGAGAUGAACCCGCAAGAUAGAGGAGUGGUCUACCAAUCUCAGGUAGAGGUGUGUCGUUCUCAACACACCAACAGCUGGUUGGGGGCGCUUUACAUUUACAAAGGUCUGUUGCUCGUCGUCGGCCUGUACAUGGCUUGGGAAACGAGACACGUGAAAAUACCGGCUUUGAACGACUCCCAAUACAUCGGCAUGAGCGUUUAUUUCGUGGUGAUCACUUCAGGAAUCGUGGUGGUUUUGGCGAAUUUGAUGUCCGACCGUGUAACUUUGGCUUUCGUUACGAUCACCGCUCUGAUCUUAGCCUCGACGACCGCGACGCUGGCGUUGCUGUUCCUUCCCCAGCUUACGAACAUUUUGGCCGGCGAGAGGGCCGACCCCGUCGUGCAAAGUCUCGGCUUGAAGAUCGAAUGCAACACGAGGAGAUUCGUGACCGACGACAGAACCGAGCUUCAGUAUCGCGUGGAAGUGCAGAAUCGCGUGUAUCGUCGUGAAAUGGCGCAGCUGGAGCUGGAAUUGGCCAGAUUGGAGAAACAAUUGGCACAGGUCGAACCGGUCGAACCAUCGCACGCUUCGUCGAGCGCGUCGAUUCCGCAACGCAAUCCGAGCAUCGGGGGUGGUCUGCCUUUGUUGCUGCUCAGCGUCCUCCCACCGGUCAUCCCUAGGGCUAGCUGGCCGUCCGCCGAUUCAUCCGGGAUACGACGCGGUACUGUAGCGUUUAGCAGUCAACCGGAUUUGGAGCCGGACACGGGGAGGCGAAGUCUCGCGGACAUUUACAAGCUUCAUCAACGAAGAGAGACGGAAGGGGCAAAUCGGUUGGGCGUUUUUCAACGAUUCUUCAGCCUUUUCGGCAGUCGUCCCAGCAGCAGGAAAACCUCGGUCGCUUCGUUCACAGGUACGUACAUAGGAGUGGCGUCGGCGUUACGGGUUCAUAUGGGCUACAUCGCCGGCCUGGUGCCAGGCACGAAAGCCGCAUCUACCUGUCAGGUUAACGCCCAAGGCGCUCGUUCCCCUCAUCCUCGAUGUGGCUCAGGACCAAUAAUUAGUAUUACUAGCGAAGAAGAUCGCAGAUUAAGCCUGGGGUUACGUCGUAAAGAGUACAGCGAGCCGAGAGUGAAUUUCAGUUUACCGCCCAAAGCGAGUACCAGCCAAACGUCGUCGCGGGAAAAAAUUCGAGGAUCCCCCCGAUUUCCUCAUCGGAUAGUGCCGACAAACAGUUUAAAUACCAUUGCAUCGGGAUCGUCCAUCUCGAAAUCUCAUCGAUGGCAUUCCAUGGAAGACGCGAGAAAAAGCAAAACCGUCUGUCAACUCCCCCGUGGCUCGUCGUGCAGCCCUAGCUGCGACGUGUGGGCCACUCGUGAAUUCGGGAUUCCAUUAAGCGAAUUGGGGAACACUGUUCGGGGCAAAAAACUUGGGGAAUCAUUAGCCUUUACGGCGGAAUCGAAUGUAAAUCCGGAUGACGCGAGCCUUGCGAACAAUCCGAAGAAAUUGUUCCAAGAGGGUCACGUGCGCGGCAACGUCACGUCCCCUAUCGACUCGGACGCGAAAACUGCUCGUUCCGUUUCCUCCUCCUCCUCGUCCUCUUCGUCCUCCACGUCCCACGCCAGGACGUUGACGAACGACGCGUCCUCCUCCAGAAAUCCAGAAUCCAGUCCUCGGUUAAUAAACUUCGAGAUCGAGAAAUCGGAUCGUUCUCGACCCUCGAGCCCCAUAGUUCGCGUGAUCAAUCUCAAUCCUCCCGAGGAGAUGGAUAAUCACACAGACGCGAAAUCGUACGAAAAUCAACUGCCGCGUAGAUUAAAGUAAUAAGGAAAAAAUAACUUGCUGCUCCGUGGAUAUUUUCUUUUCUUUUCUUUUCUUUUUUUUUUUUUUUUUCUCUUCCAUUCUAUUUAACUCUUGGCGUAAUUACGUAUGUUCUUAAUCAAGAGAAAGAAGAGAAUCUCUCGAUGAAAAAGUUGAAAGAGCGCGAAACAUACGCGUGAAUUUCUUAAUAUUUUUUUUUUUUUUGUCUCUCGUUUCUCCUUUCCUCCUUCCCGUUCUUGAGAUUAUAUUGUUUAAAAGAUAAACGGAUAAAGGGAUGUAAAAAAAGAAAAAAAAAAAAAAUGUAAUCAUCUGUGUACAUGACAAUCCUCAAUAAUCGUAUACACGAAAGAUCAAGCUCAAAUUGAUCGUGCGAAAAUUUAGCGUGAGAGUUGAGAAUCAUCGUUUAAAUUUAUCGUAUGUGUGUUCCUUAGUAAUCGUGCCAAAGAUAUAAAAGACUAUUUACGGGGCCCGUAAAGGUAUAUACGGUUGAUAUCGGCAUUAUGGAUUAUCACAUUAUGAAGGGACCAAAAUAAUAAUAAUAGUCAUUUCUUAUUCGUUCUUAGACGAAUGAUUUCUAAUUCAUGCUCGAAAGUUUUGAAAGUUAUUUGCCGAUAUGUUUAAAUCUAUACGUAUAUAAUGAUUCGAAUUGUAUUUUUUUUUUUUUUUUUUUUUUUUUUUUNNUUUUUUUUUUUUUUUUUUUUUUUUUUUUUUAUAUUACUCUCUCUAUUUUUUCGUGAUAAUAAACGACUUAAUGGCGUAAAGUCGUUGAAGGAACGCUGAGAGUACUCUUACAGGUCCAACGUUAAAGUGUUCAGUAUCCCAUACCUUUCCUCAAGUACCUGCACUCGAUGUAAUAAUGAAAAAGAAAUAUCUUCUCGUAAAAUGAAAAAUCGUAAGAAUAAACAUAUUGGUUUCCUCUAUAAAUCUUCGAACCUGACGUACUGAUAUUUUAACAUUAGUACGUGUAUAUAUAUAUAUAUAUAUAUAUAUAUAAAAAGAAUACAUGUAGAAAUAUAUAUAUAUAUAUAUAUAUAGAUAAAUGGGAAUAACAAGUGGAAAUAUUCUCCACGUACCUCGAGUAUCUCGAUGUGUCAAUCAUUGAAUUACUACAAUUUUAUCGCUAAGCAAUA